CAUCAGCAAUAUUAAAAGAAGAAGAAAGAAUGUUAGUGCUCUCUCCUGAAGUCCAAUUCAAGGCGACGAAAGUCGCCAGAAGUUCCCUUGAUGGUUGUUUUCUUUUUGAGAGUAGCUGGAGGAAGGCAGUGCUAGAAACACAAAAGAUUAAGAAAGAAUACACCACAGCUUUUGGUCUAGAAGAGCUCAAGGAAUGUGUCAAAAUGCCGUAUCUACCAGGAUUGCAAAGUUGCCAGAAGACUCUAAGUCCAACUCCACUAGAGGUUCAUAGAAGACUGCCACAUCCUGAUAUUGAGAUGCCCAAAGUCAGGAUGAAGAAGACGAGUGAAACAUGCCCUGUAGCACCAUGGAAGGAGAAAUCGAAAAGUUCUGUCUUCAUUGAUCCUCUCCCUGGAGCACCACCUCAAUACUUACAGAGACUUUCCAAAAUGGCCAUAUUAGAGUAUGACACCAUUCGUCAAGAAACAACCAGAAAAUCAAAAAAAGGCAAGAAACAAGAGCUGCGAGACUGCUGAUAAAUACUGUAGUGUGAU